UACGAGACCGAAAUCGAAAUUCAAAAUUCAAAAUUUAAUAUUAUACCUAUAGGACAAAAUAUUAUUAUUUGUAAUAUUUUAUACUUACUCUGUGGUCAGACGUCAGUAGAAUAGUAGAACACUCGACCAUUGAUAUUUGAUAAUAACGAAUAAUUAUUAAUUUCCAAAACUUAAAUGGUGUGACUUGUGUGUGUACUCGAAUAGUUCUCAUUCCGUUUAUUUUUUUAGUUUCUGAUCGUGUUUGAAAAACAUUUUAAGAGCACUAUGGUGUCCAUUGGAAAGUGUCAGCGGUGGUACUGCUGUUUUCAAAAAACGUCCACUAAACGCUUAAUAAAUUCCUUGUACGGUGAUUCGUCAAGAUCAAAGUAUUCCAAUCACGGUAUACAACUUAGGCAUAUGUCAAACGUCAAUGAUUCAAAAAACUCGAGUGAAACAGACGUAAAAAAAUUGUUGGAAGACAGCACAGUUCCAGAAGAGUCAUCCGUUGUUGGAGACACUGAAAACUGGACAACGUCUCCAUACCCAAAAGGUUCAUAUGUACCUCAUAAAAACCAGUCACAAGCGCAGCACGCUCUACGACCAAAGGUGGACCCCAAAGAAACGUCAAUACUGAUGUUUCCCGGCCAAGGUACCCAGUUUGUGGGAAUGGGAAAAAAUCUGUUAGUGUUUCCUCAGGUUGUAGAGAUGUUCGAUGCUGCCAGUGAAAUACUGAAGUAUAAUCUGUUGAAACUUUGUUUGGAAGGACCAAAAUCUAAACUGGAUCAGACCAUCUAUAGUCAACCAGCAAUUUUUUUAUGUUCCUUGGGCGCCGUUGAGAAACUAAAAGAAGAGCAACCUAGUGCCAUUGAAAAUUGUAUGGCUGUUGCUGGUUACAGUAUUGGAGAAUUCGCUGCGCUUACAUUUGCGGGAUGUUUUUCGUUCGAACAAGCUGUCAGUUUAGUUAAAGUACGCGCUGAAGCGAUGCAUUAUGCUUCAGAAAUUGAACCAGGUGGAAUGGCAAACAUUUACAUAAGACCUGAUUCUAAGUUAAAUUAUGCUUUGAAAAUGGCCAGAGAUUGGUGUCUGGAUAAAGGAAUUKAAAAACCAGUUUGUUCUAUAUCGAACUAUUUGAAUCCUGAUUGCAAAGUGGUUGCUGGACAUUUAGAAGCAUUAAAGUAUUUGGAAUCCAAUCUAAAACAAUAUAACCUUAGAAAGAUGCAGAGGUUAAAUGUUUCUGGUGCGUUUCAUACAGAACUCAUGCGGCCUGCUGUUGAACCUUUUGCAGCUGCACUUCAUAAAAUAAAAAUAGCAGAACCUAUGAUAGCUGUCCACUCAAAUAUUGAUGGAAAACGUUAUCAUAACAGCAGCCAAGUGUUUAGAAAUUUACCCAAACAAAUAUACAAACCUGUGAAGUGGGAACAGACGUUACACAUACUAUAUGAACGUCCAGUGGGCUCAACUUUCCCCGAUACCUUCGAGUGUGGACCAGGCUCAACCCUUAGAAGUCUAUUAAAAACUGUUAAUUCGAAAGCCCAUUCUUCAUGUCGGACUAUUGAUAUUUAAUGUACAUAUUGAGUAGGAAAGUAGCUUUAAAAAAAAAAAAAAUGUAUUUGUGAAUCAACACCAGCUAAUUGUUAUAGACUAAAGACUAAUAGAUCAAUUCCAUCAAUAGCUAAUCACAUCCUCUGAGAUUUAUAAUAAACAAAUAAACUUUUUAUGGUAUAUAUUUAGAUACAUGAUAUAAAAUUCUAUAAUUUAUAAAACAGUUACCAUUUUAUC